AUGUCCAGCACCGAUUCGCAGAGAUAUCUUAGUACGCGGGGUACAUCGUACGGGCUGUCUUUCGAAGAGGCUGUGUUGAAGGGCCUCGCUCCAGAUGGCGGACUUUUCAUUCCUGAAUCCAUACCGCAGCUACCAGUGGGCUGGGAGACGAAAUGGAGGAAUUACAGCUUCCAGGAGUUGGCGCUUGAAAUCCUCUCUCUGUAUAUUUCACCGUCGGAAAUCCCUUUGGAGGACUUGAGGAAUAUCAUAAACCGCAGCUAUUCAACUUUCCGAUCGCCAGAUAUCACCCCCCUGGUCACUCUCGAUGACUCCAAACAAUUAUACCUUCUCGAGCUCUUUUGCGGCCCGACAUUUGCAUUUAAGGACGUCGCUUUGCAGUUCCUCGGAAAUCUCUUCGAGUAUUUUCUUGUGCGACGAAACGAGGGCAAGAUUGGAAAGGACCGACAUCAGCUUGUUGUCAUCGGCGCCACGAGCGGAGAUACUGGUUCAGCUGCGAUAUACGGUCUGAGAGGGAAGAGAGACGCCUCCAUAUUCAUUCUUCAUCCAAAGGGAAAGGUAACCCCGAUCCAGAAAGCUCAAAUGACAACAGUUCUUGACCCCAAUGUCCAUAACCUGAGCGUUGAAGGGUCAUUUGAUGAUUGCCAAGAUAUGGUCAAGGCAAUGUUCGCCGAUCCUGAAAUGAACAAGGUCCACAAACUGGCUGCUGUAAACUCGAUAAAUUGGGCGCGCAUAGUUGCUCAGAUGACCUACUAUGUUCACUCUUACUUCUCCCUCAUCCGAUCUCCAACAUACGUUCAAGGCAAGGGUGUACGAUUUGUCGUACCGUCGGGUAACUUUGGUGAUAUUCUUGCCGGCUGGUUCACAAAACAGAUGGGCCUUCCCGUAGAGAAGUUAGUCAUCGCAACAAAUGAGAACGACAUCCUCUACCGAUUCUGGAGAACCGGUCAAUACACCAAGAAACCCGUUGAAAACGGCGCCGCCAACGCGCAAGCAAGUAGCGUCAAAGAAACGCUUAGCCCUGCCAUGGACAUCUUAGUGUCAAGCAACUUCGAACGGCUGCUUUGGUUUCUUGCCUUCAAAAUCUACGGUGGAGACCAAGAUAUCCAGAAGCAGCGGCAACAAGCUGGCGAUGUCGUCCGAGGAUGGCUUGAUGAUCUGAAGUCCAAAGGUGGCUUCAGUGUUGAGCCAGCAAUCCUUGAUGCGGCCAAACAUGAUCUAGAAUCAGAGCGAGUCUCUGAUUUACAAAUCAUAGAAACAAUCCGUGAUGUAUAUUGCUCUUGCUUCCCUCCACCCCCAGCUAGCAGCGGAACUAGAGGAAAAACAGGCGGAUACAUUCUUGAUCCACACUCUGCUGUUGGAGUUGCCGCUUCGCUCCGGUCUAUAUCUCGCAACCCUGGAACCCAUCACAUUUCCCUUUCAACGGCGCAUCCUGCGAAGUUCGCUCAUGCGGUUGACUUGGCGCUGAAUGGCAAAGAAGGCUAUGGUUUUGAGAAUGUCCUUCCUCCCGAGUUUGUGGGAUUGGAGAAGAAGGAGCGCCGUGUGAUUGAGGUUCCCGCAGGAGAAGGGUGGAAGGCUGUGAAGAAAAUUGUGGAUGAGAAAGUUGGACUGUAG